CCUCCCCCGGCAUCUCUCACUCUCCGGCUCUCCUCCCUCCCUCCUCCCCCCUCCACCCUCUGGGCCGGAUCUCGUCUCGCUCAGGCGGAGGAGGAGAAGGAGGAGGAGGAGGACGACGUUCGGCCUGCGCAGUGAGAUGUUUGUCCGCCGCCGCCGCCGCCGCCAUCGCGGAGGAGCGCGAUAAAGGGAGCCGAGCCGGACGUGAGGGGGACCCCGCGGAGCCGCCGCGCCAGCGCAGCCCCCCAGCCGCAUCGGAGUCGCCGGAGUCCAAGCCGCCACCGCCGCCGCCCCCGCCGCCGCCGCGGCUGCCCAGGGGCCGGCCAGCUCCCCAGCCCUGCCCGGGGGCCGCGCCGCCGCCGCCCCCAGCGUCGACCCUAGCCUGCCUGCCCGCCUUAAAUGUGACACCGGCGUCGCGGAGCGCGACCUGAAGCCGCCGCCGGGGAGGGGACGAGCACCAUGUCGAAUCUGAGCAAAGGCACGGGCAGCCGGAAGGACACCAAGAUGCGGAUCCGGGCCUUUCCGAUGACCAUGGAUGAAAAAUAUGUGAACAGCAUUUGGGACCUUCUGAAAAAUGCAAUUCAAGAAAUCCAGCGUAAGAAUAACAGUGGUCUUAGUUUUGAGGAGCUCUAUAGAAAUGCAUAUACAAUGGUUUUGCAUAAACAUGGAGAAAAGCUCUACACUGGACUAAGAGAAGUUGUUACCGAACAUCUCAUAAAUAAGGUGCGAGAAGAUGUACUAAAUUCAUUGAAUAACAACUUUCUUCAAACGCUAAAUCAAGCUUGGAAUGAUCAUCAAACAGCUAUGGUGAUGAUUAGAGACAUACUAAUGUACAUGGACCGUGUGUAUGUACAACAAAAUAAUGUGGAGAAUGUCUACAAUUUGGGAUUAAUUAUUUUUCGAGAUCAAGUUGUACGUUAUGGGUGUAUUAGGGAUCAUCUACGGCAAACUCUAUUGGAUAUGAUUGCAAGAGAGCGGAAAGGAGAAGUCGUAGACAGAGGCGCAAUAAGAAAUGCUUGCCAGAUGUUAAUGAUUUUAGGUCUCGAAGGAAGAUCAGUCUAUGAAGAAGAUUUUGAGGCUCCUUUUUUGGAAAUGUCUGCAGAAUUUUUUCAGAUGGAAAGCCAGAAAUUUUUAGCAGAAAAUAGUGCUUCAGUAUAUAUAAAGAAAGUAGAAGCUAGAAUUAAUGAAGAAAUAGAACGAGUGAUGCACUGCCUUGACAAAUCAACGGAAGAACCAAUUGUAAAGGUGGUUGAAAGGGAACUCAUUUCCAAGCACAUGAAGACUAUAGUAGAAAUGGAGAAUUCUGGGCUAGUACAUAUGUUGAAAAAUGGAAAGACAGAAGACCUUGGUUGCAUGUACAAGUUAUUUAGUCGUGUGCCAAAUGGUUUGAAAACAAUGUGUGAGUGUAUGAGUUCCUAUUUGAGGGAGCAAGGUAAAGCUCUUGUUUCUGAAGAAGGAGAAGGAAAGAAUCCUGUUGACUAUAUCCAGGGCUUAUUGGAUCUGAAGAGUAGGUUCGAUCGCUUCCUCCUGGAAUCAUUCAACAAUGACCGUCUCUUUAAACAAACUAUUGCGGGUGACUUUGAGUAUUUUCUCAACCUCAACUCCAGGUCUCCUGAAUACCUCUCAUUAUUUAUUGAUGAUAAGCUGAAAAAGGGAGUCAAAGGGCUAACAGAACAAGAAGUAGAAACAAUAUUGGAUAAAGCAAUGGUCCUUUUUAGGUUUAUGCAAGAAAAAGAUGUAUUUGAACGUUAUUAUAAACAACACUUGGCAAGGAGACUUCUCACAAAUAAAAGUGUUUCUGAUGACUCUGAAAAAAACAUGAUAUCUAAGUUAAAGACUGAAUGUGGAUGUCAGUUCACGUCAAAACUGGAAGGAAUGUUUAGGGAUAUGAGCAUCUCAAACACAACGAUGGAUGAAUUCAGGCAACAUCUACAGGCAACUGGUGUAUCUUUAGGUGGUGUUGAUCUUACAGUCCGGGUGCUCACGACGGGAUAUUGGCCCACUCAGUCAGCCACACCAAAGUGCAACAUCCCACCAGCACCAAGACAUGCUUUUGAGAUAUUCAGAAGGUUCUACUUAGCCAAACACAGUGGUCGACAGCUCACACUCCAGCAUCAUAUGGGUUCUGCAGAUCUCAAUGCCACAUUUUAUGGACCAGUUAAAAAGGAAGAUGGAUCUGAAGUUGGUGUUGGAGGUGCACAAGUAACUGGCUCUAAUACACGGAAGCACAUAUUGCAAGUUUCCACUUUCCAGAUGACCAUAUUAAUGCUCUUUAAUAAUAGAGAAAAAUACACGUUUGAGGAAAUUCAGCAAGAGACAGAUAUCCCUGAAAGAGAGCUUGUUAGAGCCCUACAGUCCCUCGCCUGUGGUAAACCAACACAGCGGGUUCUUACAAAAGAACCCAAAUCAAAGGAAAUAGAAAAUGGUCAUAUAUUUACAGUUAAUGAUCAAUUCACAUCCAAACUACACAGAGUCAAGAUUCAAACAGUUGCUGCCAAACAAGGUGAAUCCGACCCAGAGAGGAAAGAAACAAGGCAGAAAGUAGACGACGACAGAAAACAUGAGAUAGAAGCUGCUAUAGUGCGGAUAAUGAAAUCUAGAAAGAAGAUGCAGCACAAUGUUCUAGUAGCGGAGGUAACUCAGCAGUUGAAGGCGCGAUUCUUACCAAGUCCAGUUGUUAUUAAGAAACGUAUUGAAGGACUUAUUGAGAGAGAAUAUUUGGCACGAACACCUGAGGAUCGCAAAGUAUACACAUAUGUAGCAUAAAAUGCGUUCAGAAAUUUGAUUUAUUCUUGGACUGUACUCUUCGCAUGGACUGGGAAGUUCUUUUAAAUCAUUAAAUAUUAAGACGACCAUCUCUUCUAUUAAAUUACAGUACAUGUUCUAGACCAUUGAGAUCAAGCCUUUACUCCCUUUGAGAGUUUUCAACAUCAGUUGAUUGAGCUUCAGGCUUUACAACGUUUAUCCCUGUAGAGAUCAUCUUUACAGUUCCUCGGGAAAAUGUGAAUGUGCUGCGUUUUGUUUUCUUUACUGUAUGAAAACAGGAAAAUAAAAGAGAAAUUUAGAAAAUACAGCUCAUUACAAUAAAAUUGUUGGAUUUCAUUUC